AUGGGUCUGGACACACAGGCUCCACCAGCAUGUCUGGUCCACGAGCCCAGGGAUGCGCUCUGUGCGCUGGCACCAUCCCGUGCUCACCUGUGUUACUGCAAUGAACUGAGUGGCACGAGGAGCAGGAGGCACAGGCCUAAGCUCUGCGCCGUGGACGACGGCGUGGCGGCUCGGAGAGGGGAGGUCGCUCGCUCCAGGUUGCAGGGCGUGCCGCCCCGCUGCUCCGUCAGUGACCCGGGACGAACCUUCCUGUCCGGCUCCACGCAGCUCUGGGAACCUGCACUCAGGCCAGCAAAAGCAAUGCUGAGGGCUCAGCUGGGGGCCGACAAGCUGGCAGAGACGGAACUGGGCUGCCCAGAGGAUGGUGGGGCUGAGCCUCACCCUGACACAGCGGCCGGGCGCUCCCCAGAGGACGGCAGGGCUGAGGAUAUGCUGCGGCUGCAGCAGGAGGUCUCGGGGCUCCGAGAGGAGUUCAGGAGGCAGGAGGCCCGCUGGGCAGCCGCCCACCGUGAGCUCCGGGCCCAGAUGGACGUGCUGGUGAAGCAGAACCUGGAGCUGCAGGCCGGGCUGAGGGCCUCGGAGAGGCAGAGCCUGGAGGCCAAGCGGAGUGAGGCGGGCUCGGUGCACGUGAGAAGAUGCUCAGACACUCGGGUGCCGGGGCCUCUGUUUGCUGCCCAGAGCAUCUCCCCCAGAGCUGCGUGCUUGGCGCUGGGCGGCCGUGGCACUUCCCAUGCAGGAGACAGGGGGCUUGCCUCCUCUGGCCAACUCCACACCCCAUGGUGCACACAGGUGCAUCUGUGUGCAGACACGACUUCAGGGACAGAAGAUCAGAAGGUCAGCAACCUCAAGGUGUCAGAGCCUACUGUCGGGAAAACAUCCCCUCUGCCAGCUGAUACAGGGAUAAUACCAAAACACGCUGGCCAAAGUCACAGUGCAGUGCUCCUAGGACUGCCGUCAGGGAAGCCAAUAAGCAGAGAGACAGAGAAAACUGACUCAGGGAAACUGGUACCGUGUGAAGAUGGCGAUAAAGCUCUUUCCAGAAAUCUUCAAGACAAACGUGCAAAGCCUCCUGGGAGGGAACAAGCUUCUGAAGAAAGGCCAGCCCUGUCUGAGGAUGCCAAGGUGCUCCAACAAUCACCCCAAAGUCUGCAGAAAUGGAGCGGCAGGAGGUCCCCAGCGCCAGCUGCUCUGCGGUCGCCCCCCAGGACCACCGAGCCAAGGAUGACCCGGACACACACUCCUCGCCCUCCGGGAGUGAGGCAGGCAGGCCCCCUGCCCGGAUCCCGACGGAUGAGCCCACGUGUUCCUCCCCAGCCAUCUCCGAGGAGUCACAGCCCGCCAGGCUCCUCUCCAUGGAAUUCUCCAGGCAAGAAUACCGAAGUGGGUUGCCAUCUCCUCCUCCAGGGCAUCUUCCCGACCCAGGGGUCUCCUGCAUUGCAGGCAGAUUCUUCACCAUCCGAGCCACCUGGGGAGCCCAACAACAGCAACGUGGUGUGGAAGAUCUUCCUGUAGAACCAGCGUCGCCCCCAAAUGCGUCUCAGCAUGAGGACACCGAGAUAAAACAGGAGGAGGAGGGGGGAGUCCAGCACCCCGAGGACAAGGAACGGUGACAAGACCAUCGUGCUCAGCAACGGUCAGCGGGAGAUCCACACGGCCCAGUUCAAGAGGAGGGAGUACCCCGAUGGCACCACCAAGACCGUGUACCAUGACGGCCACCAGGAGACCAAGGACGCGUCUGGGAGGGUCAAGGUCAGGGAUGAGGCUGGAAACAUCAUCCUGGACAGGAAGUAGCUUCUCCCUCAAAACUAGCCUUACCUGUGACCUUCCAAUAUCACCUUGACCUUCCAACCUUAUCUGUGCCCUUCCAACAAUACCUGUGAAUUUCCAACAUUACUGUGACCUUCCAACCUUACCUGUGCCCUUCCAACAUUACCCGUGACCUUCCAACAUUACCUGUGAACUUCCAACAUUACUUGUGACCUUCCAACUUAUGUGUAACCUUCCAACUACAUUAUUUGCUAAAAAAAGAAAUGACUAAUA